CAAACGUUUCUCUAAUCCUUUUAGCGCUUUAACCGCCAAAAUUUUAACCGAUUUCAAAGGGCGAAAUUCCCUUUUAGAUAACAACACACAGCACCAUGGUUUCUUCUCAUCAAGCCGAUGAAGAGUCGUAGUCGCCAUCCCAAUCCCAGUCGGUAAAAUAACAAGCAACUAGUACUGCUAUUGAUAAAACAACAGCCAUGAACCCUCCUCGCAAGCGUCUAGGAGCCGUGGAGCGUCUGGGAAAGAGCUCUGGCCCCGAUCCAAAGGUGUCCCUUUCCUCGCGCAACCUCAACCGUUCGAGAGUUGGAAACCUCUACGAAAAAGCAUCCUCUCGGGGCUCUCGGACCAAGCAAGCUUUGGAGCGUCAUGGAGAGAUCUCUCGUGAUGUAGCCGUGGCACUGGGUGGGAACCAACACAUGCGGGGCACCAAGAAACGAAAAGUAUUUGAUGAAGGCAUGGCUACCUUUGGCGAACAAAUGAAGGACCGAGGCCGAGAACGAGCCAUUCGCAUUCACCAUGCCAAUCUUGAGCGGCGCGCCAAUGCAGCGAAUGGCAGUAUCGUCAAUCCCAAUAAGAAGAAGAAAAACGCUCCUGCGGCAUCCAAAGAAAACUUUCGUUUUGGAUCCUCCACGGCCAUUAUCCCCAAUGCGAAGACAAAAAAUCGUCAGAAUUUUGGAAAGCAACCGUCAUCGGCAGCUAUUCAACCUCCAAAGGCCAGCUCUGGAGGAAAAAAUUCUACGAUGACGAGUCUCCAAAUCGAAAAUGAACGCAAGGCAAAAUCCAUUGAACAAUUGACGCAACAACUGGAUAAUGCCCAGAAGAAGAGCCAACAGGCAGAGCAACACAUUCGGUCUCUGCAAGAAGAGAAUAGUCAGCUCAAAAAGAAGCCGCGCAAACGACAAUCCACUACCAGCCUCAAGAAACAGGGAAACAGCGCUGUAGAUGCCAUUGAGAUUGACUAAAAACAAGAAGGGACCAAGGGUAUAUAUUAUUUCAUGUCUAUUCCCAAUACGGUACGCGCUGUAACUAUUGUGGGCUUGGAUUUAGUGGGGAUAAGGACUCUAAGGGUGGCCUCCUUCAUGCUUGGAUUAUCCAUGACAAGGUGUGCGCUGUGACAGUGCAGUUUUUGGGUUUCUAAGGGUUCCAGAGUCUUUAUUAUUGCAUACUAGUUCAUUGCUCUUGUUUG